AUGGUUGCUACAAUCUUCGACGACCGCUGCGCCGAGCUGCGCGCCCCUGGCUAUGCGAACCUGAUAGUCUCCAUCAUUAUACUCAUCGGACUCGUCGUCUCAUAUCUGCCGCAACACUAUCGCAUCAUCGCCAGAGGUACCUCCGAGGGUAUCUCGCCAUGGUUCGUCCUGCUGGGGGUUACAUCGGCCACCUCCGGGUUCGCCAAUAUCCUGACUGUUCCUCCCUCGAGACGCGAUAUCGCCUGCUGUAGCGAGCUGGGCACCUUCGAGUGCGCCGCCGGCCUUUUGGGAAUCGCUCAGCUAGGCAUGCAGUGGAUCUCCUUUGCCUUGAUCCUUGUUCUAUUCCUCAUCUUCUUUCGAUACGAUGCGAACAUCCCCGAACAAGAGCUUGUCGACAGCCCGCCCUCGUGGCAUACCGCCGUCAUGGUCGGCGCGCUCUGCUUCGUUCACGCCCUGCUUGUCAUCAUACUGACCGUCGUCUUCAUCGUGGCACUUCGCGACCUCCUCGACAUCUGGGCCAAUUUUCUUGGCGUCAUGGCGGGAGCCCUUGCAGCCGUGCAAUACGUCCCCCAGAUCUGGACGACGUACCACAUCAAGCAUGUUGGCAGCUUGAGCAUCCCAAUGAUGUGUAUACAGACUCCGGGUGGCUUUCUCUUCGCCGCCAGCCUUUUUGCGAGGCUCGGCUGGGAGGGAUGGAGCACAUGGGGUAUCUUCGUCCUCACGGCUUUCAUGCAGGGCGUUCUGCUAGUCAUGGCCAUCUACUACGAGUUCCGGGAGCAUCACGGAGAGCCGCAGUCGCCCAGAUUCGUUGACGACACGAGACGGCCCAACCCCGUGAGGACCUACUCAGAGGGCUGGGAACAAGGUCUCCCCGGCCCCUACACAGCCCACCCCGAGCGGUACGCAGACACCGAGGAGGAGCUGGAGCGGUUACAGGACAGAGAGGAGCGGCAAGUUGAAAGGGAGACGAGACCCCUGCUACGCCCCGGCGGCAUCGGCGACCCGCAUAAAAACUACAACACCGCGGACGAUUAA